UUUCCAUGGAGGAGGACGUCGGGUCGUCGCACAUGGAGGACGUCGGGUCGUCGCACAACAUAGGAAUCCUACCAGCAAGCUCGAUGAGCUGCGAGCAUCAGCACGGCGCAAGCGGCUCGGACGGCGCUGCGUCCGAGGCUGGCCACUUCCCGGCGCGGAGAUUGCCGUCACGGCUCAAUCUGUUCCUCCCGUUCUCGAGCGCGGUGGCGGAGGCCUCCCCGUAUCCUUUGGCGUCAAAAUGCGCUCACUGCAACCGCAACCUCGAGGCCGGCGGCGCAGAGGCGCGGUGGGGCACCGGUCUGUGUGAUGAGUGCUACGACGCCUGCGACAAGGAGUGCAAGGUGUGCUGCAAGCCGCUGCAGCUCAAGCACCACUACCUGCGCUCCGGCUUGUGCGACAAGUGCUUCUACAGCUGCGAGAAGGCGUGCCGCACGUGCGACGCGACCCUCGCGCUGCACGAGCUCCACUGGGGCUCCGCUCUCUGCGACUCGUGCUACGGCUCCCUCCCGAAGCGGUGCCGCGCUUGCGAGGCGUCCCUCGCCACGCGCGAGCUGCGGUGGGGCCUCGGCCUCUGCAACAACUGCUACAACACCGUCCGCCCCACCGGCGGGUACGUGUGCAAGGUGUGCCGCGGCAAGCUCUCGCUCGGCCGCAAGUCGGCCGCGCUGCAGUGGGGCUCCGGCCUCUGCGACUCGUGCUACCACUCCUUCGACCGGCAGUGCCGCUCGUGCCAAGGCCGGAUCGGGCUCGGCCAGCUCAGGUGGGGCACCGGCCUCUGUGACCAGUGCUACGAGAUCAAGCGCUCGCUCCACAACCGCGCCCGCAUCUCUGCG